AUGGCGAUUCAGAAGAAGCAUGGUAAAGGCCGUUUGGAUAAGUGGUACCGCCUUGCUAAGGAGAAAGGAUACAGAGCGAGAGCUGCUUUUAAGCUAAUCCAGCUAAAUAAGAAAUAUGGGUUCUUGGAAAAGAGCAAGGUCCUUCUGGAUCUUUGCGCUGCUCCCGGUUCCUGGUGUCAAGUAGCUGCGGAAUGCAUGCCUGCCCAGAGUAUCAUUGUCGGUGUGGAUCUUUCUCCGAUUAAACCGAUUCCUCGCGUGAUCAGUUUUCAAAGCGAUAUCACAACAGAGAAGUGUCGUGCUACGAUCAGACAACAUCUUAAACACUGGAAAGCGGAUACAGUGCUUCAUGAUGGUGCACCCAAUGUUGGUACGGCAUGGGUUCAAGAUGCUUUCUCUCAAGCUGAGCUGGUGUUGCAAUCCUUGAAAUUGGCUACAGAGUUCUUGACCGAAGGUGGUACAUUCGUCACCAAAGUCUUCAGAUCAAAGGACUACAAUCCUCUGUUGUGGGUCUUUAAGCAGUUGUUUACGUCGGUGGAGGCUACAAAGCCCCCUUCGUCCCGGAACGUGUCGGCGGAGAUCUUCGUGGUGUGCCGCGGCUUCAAAGCUCCGAAGCGCAUCGAUCCCAUGUUCCUCGAUCCGAAGCAUGUGUUCGCAGAAUUGGCCGAUCCCACCCCGAAUAACGAGGCGCGUGUGUUCAACCCGGAAAAGAAGAAGCGAAAGAGAGAGGGUUAUGAGGAGGGCGACUACACUCAGUACAAGGAGAUUUCGGUUUCUGAAUUCAUCAACACCACCGAUCCGAUUGCAAUUUUAGGAUCAUACAACAAGCUUAGUUUUCAACAACUGCCCGGGGGGGAUAUCGCCCUUGCCACCAUAGAUCGACUUGAAGAAACAACGGAUGAAAUUCGAAAAUGUUGUGAGGACCUCAAGGUCUUGGGUAAAAAAGAAUUUCGCAAUUUGCUGCGGUGGCGGUUGAAAAUUCGCGAGAAAUUUGGGCUCAUUGUGAGGAAGGGGCAACACAAGAAAGAUGAACCCCAAGAAGAGGUUGCUGAGAUCACCCCCAUGGAUGAGGAACUGGAAAUUCAAGAAGAUUUACAACGUCUCAGGGAAAAGGAGAACACGAGAAGCAAAAAGGAGAGGCGGAAGAACAACGAGAAGAAACGCAAAGAGAUCCUUCGGAUGCAAAUGCAUAUGACAACUCCUAUGGAUAUCGGGAUGGAGCAACUGGGCCCCAUUGGCGAAGAUUCUACCUUUUCACUCAGACCCGUCGAUAGGGAAGGGGCAAGAGAAGCGAUCGAAUCCGGUAAGGAGGCAACGGUGGAGAGCGACAGUGAGGACUCGCAGUUGGAUUCUGAGGAUGAAGAUAGUGAUGAGGAGGGUGAUCGCUUAGAGCAAGAGCUCGACGCGAUGUACGAGCAAUAUCAAGAGCACAAAGAGAAUGGCGACUCGAAAUUGAGAGCCAAAAAGGCUAGAAAGGAUUACGAGGCCGAAGAAUGGGAAGGAUUCUCGGAUUCUGGAAAAGAGGAUGAGGGGGAGUCCGACAAUGACUCUGUCGGAGUGCUCGCUGCCAACAAGGAGUCCUCAAAGGCUGGUGCACUCUCCAACAAUGCAGCAUUGUUCUUCGAUCAAGAUAUUUUCCAAGGCUUGGAGGAUGUUGAUGAUAUUGAGGAUGAUGACGAGAAUGACGCCGUUGACCAGAAGACUAGCAACCUUUCCUCGAAGGAGAAGAAGAGCUCUAAGGAUACGAAGACAAAAACGCAAGAGAAGGAUGACUUUUCCGAUGACGAGCCGGAAGCGCUUGGGGACGAUCCACGAAAACAGAAUGGCCAGCUCGACAUUGACAUUAUUACUGCUGAAGCUAUGUCACUAGCUCAGCAAAUGGCCUCUGGCGAGAAGAAAUCCCAGGAUGUGGUUGAUGAUGGCUACAAUCGGUUUGCUUUCCGAGAUGUUGAUGGUCUUCCGGAUUGGUUCCUUGACGACGAAACCAAGCACAGCAAAAUGAAUCGGCCCAUCACCAAGGCUGCGGCAACCGCAAUCAAGGAGAAAUGGCGUGCUAUCAAUGCUCGACCGAUCAAGAAGGUGAUGGAGGCGAAGGGAAGGAAGAAGAUGAAGGCCGCACAAAAACUGGAGCGGUUGCGCAAGAAGUCUGCUUUGGUGGCUGAAGAUGAGAGUCUCAGCGAAAGGGAUAAGGCACAAGCGAUCUCCAAGCUGAUGAACAAGGCGACUAAGAAGAAGCCCAAACAGCAGGUGAAAUUGGUUGUUGCCAAGGGAAACAACAAGGGUAUCUCUGGUCGUCCCCGUGGAGUGAAGGGCAAGUACAAGAUCGUAGAUUCUCGGAUGAAGAAGGAUAUCCGGGCUCAAAAGCGAAUUGCGAAGAAAAAGAAAUGA